UCGCACACGCUCGCACACAACGAAUCAUACACAUGUGAUGUACGCUCACACUGAAAGCGAGCACACCACAUUCACCUCAGUGUGCACGGAUAUAUUUUCGAGAGCGAACUAGUGAUGUACUGCUGCUGUAGCGAAAGAACCAAAAUUUAUUCGCAUUCGCAAGACAUACAUAAAAAAAAAAAAGAAGAGAGCAGAUUAUUAAAAGUAAAAGAGAAUAGAACUGAAAUUUUAAUUAUACACUGAAAAAACAACAGAGCAUUCAAACGACGACGAAGAACGCACGAAGUUGCAGCAUAAAAAUUCAUAGAAAUAUUUAUUUUAAAAAGAAAUUAAAGUGAUUUUUAAAACAAAACGUAACUAUCAGAAACUGCCAAAUAGAAUGGAUUCUUAAAAUAGUAAAAUCAAGUACAGCGAUUUCAGUUUGAGUGUGGGAUGACAUUUUUGUUUAGCGAUACACUUUUAUUGCCCAAGUGCUCGAUUUUUUUUUUUUUCGUGUUUUCAUUUACUGCGCUUUUAUUCUGUCUUAUUUUCAAUUUGGUCUUACAACAACAAAACGUUUACGUCUCUGUGUCUCCCUCUCUCUCUCCCUUUUUCCCUACGUUAUAUUUUUGUUGUUAAUUUUCAUAAAAGCAAAAAAAAAAAAAAAAAGAAAUCAGAAUAUUUUCGGAGAGAAAAGUGAAAGCUGCCUACUAUUGAUUUUUGUCAAUAUUCGCACAGUUAUAAGCCAGUUCUCAGCUUCGAAUCGUUUCUAAUAAGCAAACAAGAAAGUGCCAAAAAGCGUGAUAAAAAUCAAAAAACGAAACAUAGCUAUUAAAAGUUAAACUAAAAACAACAAACAAACAAAAUUUUACGACGAACCAUAAGAAUAAGUAUUUUUUGUAACGAAUAAUUUAAAAAAAAAAUUAAAGGCAAGAACAACAACAAUAACAGCAACAACAAAAAAAAAAGAAAAGAAAAAGAAGCAACAAAUACUCGAAUUCGAAGGGAAAUAAACACAGAUACAAAUGCAAACAAUGGCAGUUACAAACACUUCAAAUGGACAAUUAGAUGCACAAUUGGCCGCACCAAAAUAUGGAACACUAAUCCCGAAUCGAAUUUUCGUUGGUGGAAUCAGUGGUGACACAACAGAAGCUGAGCUCUGUAGAGUUUUUUCAUCGUAUGGAAAUGUCAAAUCAACAAAAAUCAUUGUCGAUCGAGCUGGCGUUAGUAAAGGAUAUGGUUUCGUAACAUUUGAAACAGAGCAAGAAGCACAACGGCUACAGGCAGAUGGUGAAUGUGUCGUGCUAAGGGACAGAAAAUUGAAUAUUGCACCAGCGAUUAAGAAACAGGCAGUAGUUGCGACAAAUGGUGCCGUAUAUUAUGCACCGACUCAACCAGCUCAACUGAACAAUAUUCCGAUCGAUCAGUUCUCAGCUGCUGCGGCUGGGGUCUAUCCACCUUCUGCUGUGCCAGCAAUAUAUCCUCAAACCAUACCAUACCAACCAUAUUAUCAAUAUUACAGUGUACCAAUGAAUGUACCUGCAAUAUGGCCACAAACAAGCUAUCAAGGAAUCUACCCCUGUUAGAAUAAUCUUCAAUACAAAAAUGAUAAUAUUUAAACAAACAAAAAAAAAAAAAACACACACAUAUAUUUAUAUAUAUUGAAGAAAAAAAAAUGAUACAAAAAAAAAAAAACAACAAGAAAAGAAAACCGAGAUUGGUACUAAUUGCAGACUGAUUUUUUGUUUUUGAUAACCUUUUGCAAGCGCUACCAAAAUACAGAUUUUUGGUUAUCCGUUAAUUCUUAAUAAUUCUUACGAGAAAUCUACAUGUUGUUAUUGAAAAAAAAAAAUAUAAGAAAAAUCUAGAGUAAAAAAAUCACAAACACACACACAAUAAGACACAUACACAUUAUUGACACAUUUGAAAAUGUUGAAAUGAACAGAACAAAAAGUAAUUUAUCGAGUAAAUGAAAGAAUCUGGAACCAGAUGAAUAAGAUAUUUCAACUGUGAAACGAAAAAAAAAAAACAGAAAAUUGUAAAGAACAGAGAAAUGUUUAUCCGAUCUAUGCGAACAGGAGAAUCAAAUGAGCAAGCAAACAACCGAUUAUAUAGUAUAUACAGUACCUUCUAAAGUUGAAAAAUUACUAAACAAGCAAACACAAAAAAUCACAUUUUCUCUAUGUGUAUUGUUGUCAGAUUGUGUCACGAUCAAUCGUUUCUUGUUAUCGUAUAUCGAAUUAAAAAAGAAAGAAAUGUACACAUGUUUAUAAUUUUUCUUUUUGUUUGUUUGUCAAGUGAGAAUCGCUCAAUUGCAUUGAGGAUGCGCGCGCAAAAUUUUCAAACUAACGGUCGUACUGGAUGUACAGACCGUAGUAUAUUGUUACUAUAUUUAUAAUUUUGACUUGUAAAUUAAAUAACAACAACAAAAAAGAUGAAAAAAAAAGACGGAAAAAAUGUUGUUAAAAAAGAACAUGAUGCGAAAGCCAAUACUCGAAGAGUACAGAAAAUUAAAAAAAAAAAAUCAGACACUAGAAAAACACAAAAACACAUUCACAUAUACACAAACCGAAUACUACUUAAAAUUUAACGAGUAAUACAUUUAAAUAAGUACAUUUAUCAAAUAACGACCUAGCGAUGAGAGUAAUUGUCAAGAAAGUGAAGCGACAAACAAGCGAUAAAGUGAAAAAAAAAAUACAAGAAUAUGCAAGAAAUGAUCAACAAUAGGAGCAGUAUAUUUAUUCGACUAUUAUAACUAUUAGAAAUUAUUCAAAAUAUUUAUUGAAGACAGUGACAAAAAUAAAUCGAACAUAUAGGUAUAUAAUAUAUAUAUACAGAGAGACACAUACAAACACACACACACACACACACACACACACAAAAGUGAAUUAAAUUAACUGAAGAAAUAAAUAAAAAAUAGAAUAAUUAGGCUAAAAAGAAAACAAUAAAACAAGAUACAAACGAACAAUAUAUUGAAAUGUUAUGAAGAUAUAAAUAUUUUAUUUGACGUACACAAACAUACACUCACAAACAAUGAUGAAACAUAAACAUCAACCAGAAAUAGCAAUAAGAAAAUAAUACGAUUACAAGCGUUAUGGUAAUGCAGAAAUGCACCGCAAUUUGUUGUGACAAAUCAGAAAUGAUGUGUACGAGCUUCACGAUGCGAUGAAUCAAUUGGUAAUGCGAUUUGAUUACAUAUUGAAUAUUUUAGUUUCAAUUGAAUUGAUCUGAAGAAGAAAAAAUGUGUUUUGAAAUAAAUCAGGAUUUUGCUCAUCGAUUUAUCGCUUCAGACGGUCACACACACAUACCGAAGAAGAAAAUAAAAAUAAAACAACCAUUUCACACAAAAGCAACACAAUUUACGGCGAAUGUAAAUGCACAUAACGAAAAGAAAUAAAUUAAUGUCAAGUACUAAAGCGAUAAUAAUUCAAAAGAAGAAAAAGAAAAACAAAGCAUUAAUCGUUAUCAUCAAAUAAAUGAAAAAAGGAUAAAAAAUUAUCUAGACGUAUGAUAUAUUCGUAAUGAAAAUUUAAAAAAAAAAAACUAAAUUAGGAACAAUAAUAAUUUAUUAUAGAUUUAACGAAUGAAAAACUAUAAUUUAAUAAUAAUAUUAAUCAAUAACUUGCAAAUAUGUAACUAAAUGGCGAGAAAAGCGCAUGCAAACACAACGUACGUGUGUAUAUUUAUGGAAAUAUAACAACAACAAAAAAAGAAAGAAAAAUAUUGUGUAUUUCUGUUAUGCAUUCAAAAUCUAACGGAAAUCCAAAUGUUUGAUGUCGAUUACAUAAAACGUGAUUCGGUACAGUGUUAAGACGAAAAGUGAACAGACGACAGCUAAAAUUGCAAACUAUUUAUUGUUGUGAAUUUUUUUUCAUCGAAGCAAAUUAUUUUGUUUAUUGUUUUGUUUUGAUUUUAUUUUUGAGAACAGACAAAUAAUUCGGCAAUAUCCAGUGAUCGAUUUUUCUAUUUUUUCUUCUCCUCUCCAGACAACGCAAAUAAAACAUUACACUCGGUUUCUCUCCAACUCCAUUGAAAUGGUUGAAUUCCAUAUUUAAAGAAAAACAGAUUAUUUAUCCGUUCAAAAAUAUAAAAAAAGGCAAGGUAAAAAGUAGUCUGGAUUUCGGAAAAAAAAAACAUGUUGUUCUUUUUUUUUUUUAUUCAAUGAAAUGGCAAUAUAAAUUCCGAAUUCGUUGAAAUCCAAAAGGAGGGAAAAAAAUUAAUACGCAACUUUUUCUGUUCUGAACAAGCAAUGUUAAAACAUAAAAAAAACUCUUGGAUUAAUGUGAAUGAAGAGGAGUAAGUGGAAGUAACAACGCAUACACAGACACAAAAAC